CUUUGAAGGGCCUGGUUGAUAACAAUUAUCUAAAACCUGUAAUAUGGGCAGAGCAUAAAGAAAGAGCAGAGUGCUUUGGUGUCUCCCUUGGUGUCAGAUCCUUUGUUCGACCGUUAUACCUUUUUAUUAAAUUGAGUCAAUUACGAAAUGUGGAAAAUUGCUAUAAUGGCGUGAAACUUGAAGACGUGGACGCCUUUCAAAGCAUGGAUAGACAAAGCAUGGAAUAUAAAAGAUCGAAAACUCCUAAAAGGUCUGCAUACAAGAAGAGCAAAGACGAGACCAAACUCGAGGUGAAAGAGCCCUGCGAAAGUUGUCGAGUUUUCUUUGAUGGAUUUAACGAAGAGAGCAAAGGGUCUUUUCCGCCAUUCGGAAAUUGCGCGGAAUACGAUGUAAUUCGAACAGUGAAUUUAGAUUAUGAGCUGGGUUGCACUGAAACGAGAAAGCACUGGGAAGUUUUCAAAUCAGCGUGUGAGAGACAUUUUAAAGAAUUUAACGAGCUCGCAAAGAACCUGGAAGAACUUGGGAAUCAAUCUCAAAAUGAAAUAAUGGAAACAUAUUACACAAAUACACGCAACGCAAAGGUUUUAAAAUACCAAAGAUAUUCUGAUGGCUACGAAUUAGUUGCAAUAGGGGCUAGGCCUUGGGACAAGGGGCCACCAGGUAGGGCUAGAAAUAGUGAAAUGAUGGUAAAUAAUUAUAAGAAAAUGAAAAUAAGUUAAAAAGUACAAUGAAUGAUUUAUGAUCAUUAAGCGUAGUUUAUAUAUCUGUAUAAUUUCUUUUUUAUUAUAUGUAAAUAAGCUUUUCUAUUUAUGUAAAACUGUA